AGUAGCGCUAAACUCGAAAUUCAAAGAAAAUUAGAAAUAAAGCUUCUCUUAAACUACUCCUACUUCAGCUAGACAUUUUCACAAACACUUGGUGGGCAUCCAUUUGAUCCAAAUCUCCCUCUCAAAACCUCAACAAUGAAGUUCAAGGCAAACCUGACAGAAAAUGGAGUAACCCUUUUAGAGAGAAGAUUCAUCCCUGCCUUAGAAAAAAUGGGGAAAAUCUGCCAUGUUUAUCUCACCAAAGAUCACACCUUCUUCCUCCACAACCUCCUUACCAAUGAUGGUGUUCAGUCAAUUGCCCAAUUCAGAAUCGAUGCUUUGUUCUCUUAUUACAGCGUUACCAGCCAAAACGAGGAUCGUAUCGCCUUCUCCCUCGAUCUCUCUCUCCUCCUCCGCGCCCUCCGAUCAGCCGCCGCAAUCUCCUCCGCCGUUGAUCAACUCCAAAUCAAGCUUGUCAAGAAAUUACCCCCAAAUUCCACCAACCCAAUGCCGUUUCUGACAUUUGAGACUAAAGGGUAUGCUUCUGCUGUGAUUCAGGACAUUCCGAUAUCGAAACCCCUUUCGAGGGCUCAUGUUUCGGAGCUCCAAACUGCUUUGGAUGAUGCUCAAGAACUACCAAGAACCCUAGUUGGGGUCAGUGAAUUGGACAGUUUGCUCAAUUUUGUUGAGAGGAUGAAGCAAUUGGGUGAUGUAAUGGGGGUUGAGAUUGGUAAAAAUGGGGAAUUGGGUUUGAAGGUUUCAAGCAGUUUGGUGAAUUUAGGGGCUGAAUUUAAGAGAUUGAUGAUUAUUGGAGAGGAUAGUGAGGAGAUAAAUGGUGAUGGUGGGAUGAAUGUGUUGGUUAGUAUGAAGCACUUUGUUAAGUGUUUGCAGUGUCAUUUGGCUAAACCUGAUUGUGCUUUCUAUGGAGUUGGGUCUCAGGGUGGUUCUUUGACUGUGGUUUAUCAGUUCUUCGUUCCCGGGUCGAGGCAGACCGAUAAAUCCAUCAGCUUCCAUUGUAGGCUCCCAGUGCUUGAUCCUGGUUCUUGAUUGCAUAUAUUGCUCUUUCAGGUUUUGACAUUUCUGGGUUCAUCUAGAGAUUUUUUUCAGUACUUGGAGGCUGUCCAAUCAUCCGUAUGUCCGAACUCACUCAUCGAGCAUGUGGUUGUUGCUUCUUCGUUCCAAGGCUUUGGCAGACUACUAAGUACUCCCUCAGUCCCUUAAUACAAAACCUCUUUUAAUUUUUGCGCGGGAGUUAAGAAAGUUGUAAAUCCUAUUAAACUAAUGAUUAAAAAUACAUUUGUGCAUGUGGGUUAGAGAGAAAUACGGAGAAAGAAAAAGUAGUUGGGAAUAAUUGAAGAGAUAGAGAGAGAAAGUGUUGGAAAUUAAUGUUAAAAGUACAAAAAAAAGUAAAAAAAGAUGAACUCAUCAAAAAAAAGUGUAAUAAUGUCAAAAAAUACAACCUUUAAAUAGUAAGAGACAUUGUAUUUUGGUUUACCCAAAAAAGAAAUGAGGCUUUGUAUUAAGGGACGUAGGGAGUACUAAUUACCAUAAGGGCUUGUAAAAAUUGUUCGUCCUGUAUAUACUUAAUGUAUGUGGAUUAAUACAGUGUGAGGGUACUACUAACUACCAUAGGUAGUUAUAAAAAUUGUUAUGCUACUACGAAGUAAAAAAUUUUGUUUAAUUUUA